AUGGGAAGAAAGAGGGCCAAUAGAAUAUAUUCUAUGUUUCAUUAUGAAGAAGAAAUAAAAAAAUCUAAAUGCCUUAUGGAGGGUUGCAAUAUGUUUAUAAAGGGAAAUCAUGCUGGCAAUUUGUUGCGGCAUUUUAAUGCGCAGCAUGAACUAAAGUAUGACGAAAUAGUUAAAUUAAAUAACGAAGAUAAAGAAAACGUUCCUCCAAGUGGCUCCGAAAAUGCCGCCACUGUGAUGCAAUAUUGCACAGAAUUGAUUACAGUGCAUGGUCGCCCCCUCAGUAUCGUGGAAGACGAGGCUUUCGAGAAAAUUUUGAGGCUAAUACCAGGGCUUACCCAGAGGGAUGUCAACUCAAUAAACGUUAAAAAUGUUAAAGAAAACAUAAAACAACAAUCCCAUGAUGUCCGGUUUGAGAUAACUAAACAAUUGAACAACAAGUUAGUGGCCCUGAAAGUUGAUGUGGCGUCAGUGAAAUUAAGAAGGUUCCUGGGGUUGAACGUCCAAUAUAUCUCAGAUGGCCAAAUACAUCUCAAAAACCUAAGCGUCUUAGAAUUGCACGACAGGAACACGGCUCAGUACCUUAAGGAAAAUGUGGUAUUGAUCUUAAGUCGUUACGGCAUUACGCCAAACCAAAUUUUUACCAUAACGACAGACAACGGGGCCAACAUGAUAAGGAUGGUCAAUGAAUUGAACGACUCUGCAAUUCAAGAUUCUGAAAACGAAGUAGAAGUCACAGUGGGUGACGAGUCUGACGACAUAGUAGAGCUUCAGGUGCAGGAUGAAGACUCUGACAUGAGAAAAAUAAUAGGAAUUCGGUGUGCCGCUCACUGCCUACAGCUUGCGGUAAAAGAUGCGUGCAAAGACAUAGAGGAUUUUUUUGAAAAAUGUCGGAAAAUUGUGAGGAAACUGCGAACGCCUAAUAUGUCUCUCAAGCUUAAAGAGAAGAAUUUACCGCAAGCUGUCCUAGAUACACAGACGAGAUGGGACUCGACGGCUGACAUGCUGGAAAACCUGCAAAAAUUAAAACCGUUUUGCAUGGAAAACAUGACGAUGGAAGAAAAUAUUUGGGGUCAAAUAGACGGGUAUUUGGAUAUCCUUCUGCCAUGCAGAAUUUUAUCUAAACGCUUGCAAACGGAGCAAUUGACUUGCGGCGAUUUUUAUUUGGCGUGGAUGCGGUGCCACCACCAGCUCAGCCUGGUUGAUGAUGCAUUUGCCCGCCAAUUAGAAUCUUGCAUGGAUGAACGACAAGCCGUUCUUUUUGUCAACGAGCAUUUUUUGGCUGCCAUAUAUUUAGACCCAAGAGUCAACUUCGCACUGAACACUAACCAAGCGACGGAGGCAAGAAAAUUCUUAACAGAUAUUUACAUGAGAAUUGUUAAAUUAAAGCAACACCAAGGACAAUCCCAACCAGUGCCUGGAACUUCUGAAACUUCAGAGGCUGAUACUAGAGCCAGUGAUAGUUUUGAAGACUACCUGCGCCACCAAUUCGCCGGAAAUGAGCGGAUAAAUGUCCAAUUCACUUUAGAAAAUGAAUUGAUUUAUAAAUUGGUGAGUUUUUUGCAGGAACCAGCACUGCCGCCGAAUUCUAACAUUCUAGAAUAUUGGUCUUUGAAAAAAGUUUCUCAUCCGUAUUUAUAUAAUAUGGCCAUGGUCGUACUGGCUACGCCACCGACCAGUGUUAGCGUAGAACGACUGUUUUCUUCGCUAAAAUUUGUGCUAAACAAUUUAAGAAUGAGGUUAAAUGACUCAAUAAUUGAGGACAUUAUGCUUAUAAGGAACAAUAAUUUGUAUUCAAAAUAG